AUGACGUCCAACUACGUCAAGAAUCGACUGCCGUCACCUAGAGUCGUACACAAGACCCCGUUUGAGAUUGCCUACAACUUGAAACCAAGCGUCAAGCACACGCGAGUAUUUGGGUGUCAGACGUACAUACUGACGCCAAAGGAGAAUCGACUCAAGUGGGAUCCAAAGGCUCGCGCUGGCAUAUUCGUGGUUAUCAGUCGCGAUGUCAGCUUCGACGAGUCCACCUUUGGACUUCCGCUGCUGAUCACUGAUGAAGAUGCCGAUGACCUGGACUUCGAAUUGCUUGACCUCAAUGAUGAAGAGCCGCGUCUGGUGGAGUACAAGUAA